GGCCUCCCUGCGUUUUACAGCGAUGGUGUCCCCAUGGGAUCAAAACUUCAGCGUCAUAGCUGGGGACUGGCUUCGUGGUCCCUGAUGGGAGAGCAUGAACAGGUGCGACCCUCUUUUGGCCGGCCUACCCCGGGACCCUGAUUUCAGUGUAUCCCAUCUCUGCUCGCCUCCUUCACUCUCCAUCACAUCUUGGCCUGCCAACAGGAAGAGGGACAGGGCUUUGGACUGUAUGACUCGCUGGUCCAGGACCUUGGAGCCAGAGAUCGUGAACGCUGCUUCAGAACAAGCAUCAAGGACUGUGGCCUGGAGGCCAGAGUGGGACUCAACGCCUCAGCCUCAUGAGGGAACCUCCUAUUCCAACUCAGACCUGCACAAGGAACAUUAUAAUGACCAGGACCUUGUGAAGAGGAACCACAGCACAACCAAGAAGUCCCUGGAGCCCGGCUCUUCGAAAGUAAAAGUUAAGGACACCAUGCUAAUCCCUGACUCUCAGAAGCUCUUGAGAUGUGAACUAGAGUCCCUCAAGACCCAGUUGCAAGCUCAGACAAAGGCUUUCGAAUUCCUGAACCACUCUGUGACCUUGCUGGAGAAGGAGAGCUGCCUACAGCAGAUCAAAAUCCAGCAGCUUGAAGAAGUGCUGAGCCCCACAAGCCGCCAAGGAGAGAAGGAAGGCCGUAAGUGGGAUGCAGACCAGAGUCAGCAGGAACUUUAUGGGGCCCUGGCCCAAGGCCUGCAGGGAUUGCAGAAGACACUGAGGGACAGUGAGGAGCUCCAACAAGCCCGUACUACUCGCUGCCUGCAGCUAUUGGCCCAGGAGAUCCGGGACAGCAAGAAGUUUCUGUGGGAGGAACUGGAGCUGGUGAGGGAAGAAGUGACUUUCGUCUAUCAGAAGCUCCAGGCCCAGGAGGAUGAGAUCUCAGAGAACCUCUUGAAUAUCCAGAAGAUGCAGAAAACACAGGUGAAAUGCCGGAAGGUUCUGACCAAGAUGAAGCAGCAAGCUUAUGAGCCAUCUUCAUGGCCAGAGGCUGAAGAGGUACCAGCAGAAGGCAGUAGCUGCUGGAAGGAUGACUUACAGAGGGAGCUGAGUGAUAUAUGGUCUGCUGUCCACCGUCUGCAGAGCUCCAUCGACUGUCUUGCCUUGUCUGUGGGCACCAGGCCCAGGGCCUCCAGUCUCAGGGGCCACAAGGGACACCAGUGCCUGAGUUCUCAGUACCCCUCCUGGGACUCCGAUUCUGACUGGGAGACACCUGUCAGCAAGAGUGGAUCCUACCCUCCUGGUACAGACCCUCCUCCGCCCCUCUCCAUUCCUUACCAUCUGGCCCCCUUGUGAUUCCCAAAGCCUUGAGGCUGGCACUCUGUCUGAGCAUCUGGUCCUUGUCUGGCAACCCUGAGUUCUCCUGGUUAAAGCCAGACCAUGACCUACCUUCUCUCCCUAUAGCUUGAGCAGCUGGGACUGCUUGCCCUGAAGACCCCUCCAGAGAGAAAAUAAACUAGCUGAGACCUUCCUCCA